UCCCCUUCCCAUCAUUGUCAGCCUCUGCUUCUACCUUCUAGUUCUCUGCACCAAAAAACUAAUACAAAUAAAGCAUACUUCCCUUUAAUUUCUCCGUCUAUUUCGUGACAAAUAAUGCAUGAUCGGAAGAAAAACGUAAUAUAUUAUUGUUUCUUCGGCUAGCGGCUAGAGCGACGAGAGAAAGAGAGAAGCGAUUUGGGGUUGUUGUCGUGAUCCGCGCAAGAGUGUACGUACUGUUCUUUUGUUUUUCUCAGUCUUGGAUGCAAGUCAAAGUUCAUUAUUGGGGAAGAGAGAAAGGGUGAGCAGGAUCUCAUUCUCAUUUCUUAAAUGGUUGUUCUUGUGAAGAAUUGGAGCUAUGAAUUCAACUGGGCAUUUUUGAGGGUUCUUGAGCUAUCAGAGAAUAGAUCUACAAUGGAAAAGAAUUUGUGACCUUAAUGGAUCCUCAGGCUUUUAUUAGGUUGUCUAUAGGCUCACUGGGAUUGAGGAUUCCUGGGGCAGCUUAUAACUCGGUUGGAAUUCGUGCACUCUCUUCUCCAUGUUCAUGUGAAAUUCGUCUUCGAGGUUUUCCGGUACAGACAACAUCAGUACCCUUAAUAACCUCUGUUGAAGCUACCCCUGAUUCUCACAGUAUUGCCUCAAGCUUUUAUCUUGAAGAAUCUGAUCUGAAGGCCUUGUUGGCACCUGGCUGUUUCCAUGGCACGCAUGCAUCUUUAGAGAUAGUUGUUUUUACAGGGUGGAAAGGGUCUCAUUGUGGUGUAAGCAUCAAGAGGCAGCAGAUUGGGUCAUUUAAACUGGAGGUUGGUCCUGAAUGGUGUGAAGGGAGGCCUAUAAUCCUUUUCAAUGGUUGGAUAGGUAUUGGCAAAAACAAGCAGGAGAGUGGAAAAUCGGGACCAGAGCUUCAUUUGAGAGUGAAACUGGACCCUGAUCCAAGAUACGUUUUCCAGUUUGAAGAUGUGACUAGAUUGAGUCCUCAAAUAGUUCAGCUUCAAGGCUCCAUUAAGCAGCCUAUCUUCAGUUGCAAGUUUAGUCGAGACAGGGUACCCCAAGUGGACCCAUUGAGCACUUACUGGUCAGGAUCUACUGAUAGUUCUGACCAAGAAAUGGAGAGAAGAGAGAGGAAGGGGUGGAAGGUGAAGAUACAUGAUCUCUCUGGUUCGGCUGUUGCAGCAGCAUUCAUAACAACUCCAUUUGUGCCAUCAACAGGUUGUGAUUGGGUGGCCAGGUCCAACCCAGGAGCUUGGUUGAUUGUUCGCCCAGAUGUUUGCAGACCUGAGAGUUGGCAGCCAUGGGGAAAGCUUGAGGCAUGGCGUGAGCGUGGCAUCCGAGAUUCUGUCUGCUGUCGAUUUCGACUUAUUUCCGAUGACCAAGAGGGAGGGGAGCUUCUUAUAUCUGAGAUUUUUAUUAACGCUGAAAAGGGGGGUGAGUUUUUCAUAGACACUGACAGACAAAUGCGAGCAGCAGCAACUCCGAUACCGAGCCCACAAAGCAGUGGAGACUUUGCAGCAUUGGGUCCAGUUGUUGGCGGUUUUGUCAUGAAAUGCAGAGUGCAAGGGGAAGGGAAGAGAAGUAAGCCAUUGGUACAAUUGGCCUUGCGACAUGUAACAUGUGUGGAGGAUGCUGCCAUCUUUAUGGCACUUGCAGCAGCUGUUGAUCUCAGCAUUGAGGCAUGCAAGCCCUUUCGUAGGAAGAUCAUGAGACGAACCCGCCAUUCUUUAUGAUGUGGAAAAUCGUCUUGAUUAAUUUCCAGAGACACAAAACAACUGUACUUUAUCUUUGUAUUUAUGUGGUCUUAUGCAUCUGCAAGGGAUCCAUGUUUAGUCGCUUUCACAAGUUGUUAAGACUUGAGAGAGCAUGGCAGUUAUAGCCAGGAAGAGGGUAACCUGUCCUGGCAAUGCUCUUGUAGUUAUUAUUCUAACUGCCAUGACAGGACAUGUUUCUUUGAA